CAGGUGUAUCUAUCACUUUAGCUCCCACUUUUGUGACUAAUGAAAAAUGAGGAAACACAACUUGAACAAUAUUACAGGAGUACUUUUCAAAAACUCAGUUGCAGUCGAGAAGGAUAAAGAUGGGUCCAGCAACCCAGAUCCUCAAGUUUGCCAGGACGAUGAGAACACUGACAGGGGGAACUGGAGUAACAAACGAGAGUACUUGCUCUCUAUGAUCGGCUAUGCAGUUGGUCUUGGAAAUGUGUGGAGAUUUCCAUAUUUGGCUUACAAACAUGGGGGAGGGGCUUUCCUCAUCCCCUACACUAUCAUGUUAGCUGUUGCUGGCCUUCCCUUGUUCUUUAUGGAGAGCUCUUUUGGACAAUUCUGCAGCCAAGGCCCAAUAAAUGUGUGGAAAGCUGUGCCUAUACUGCAAGGUGUUGGCAUCACAAUGAUGCUGGUUAGCACUUUUGUGGCAAUCUACUAUAAUGUGAUCAUUGCAUACAGUAUCUACUACCUGUUUGCAUCUUUUCAAUAUCCUCUCCCCUGGAGUGUCGAGAACUGCAACUCAACAGCACUGAAUGUGACUGUUGGGAAUCAAACCUGCCAGGAUGCAUCCUUAGCUGGCCAGAGCCUCAGCGAGAAAUACUGGGAUGAGGUGGCCCUUCAGCGCACUAGCAGUAUGAAUGAAACGGGGCCAGUGGUGUGGCACCUGGCCCUCUCCCUGCUGCUCUCCUGGAUACUAGUCGGAGCAGCUCUCUUCAAAGGCAUCAAGUCCUCUGGGAAGGUGGUGUAUUUCACAGCCACUUUCCCAUACCUCGUCCUUUUAAUCUUGUUAAUUCGUGGUGUAACUCUAGAGGGAGCGAUGGACGGCAUUGAGUUCUACAUCGGUACAAAGUCCAACAUGACCAAACUGGCUGAUGCUGAGGUUUGGAAGGAUGCAGCUACUCAGAUCUUCUUUUCUCUUUCCAUUGCUUGGGGUGGUUUGAUGACUCUGUCCUCUUACAAUAAGUUUUACAACAACUGCUACCAAGACUCCAUUAUUGUGUGUGUUACAAACUGUGGUACCAGCAUCUUUGCUGGCUUCGCCAUAUUUUCUAUCCUUGGGCACAUGGCGCAUGUCUAUCAGAAACCAGUGUCAGAAGUUGCAGAUGCAGGUUUUGGCUUAGCCUUCAUUGCAUACCCUGAUGCCCUCUCUAAGCUGCCCAUAUCACCCCUGUGGUCAAUCUUGUUCUUCGUCAUGCUUAUUACCCUUGGCUUGGACUCCCAGUUUGCAGGAAUAGAGGUUAUCAGCACUUGCUUUCAAGAUGCCUAUCCCAAAGUUCUGAAGUCCAAACGGGGACUUGUUACGACAACGGUCUGCAUUGUUCUUUUUCUGCUUGGCUUGCCAUGCGUUACUGGGGCAGGGAUAUACUGGGUGAAUUUAUUGGACACAUUUUCUGCUGGAUGGAUUCUCCUGGUUGCUGGAUUACUGGAGGUCUUGGGUUUAUGCAUCCUUUACGGUGGUAAUCGUUUCAUCAAGGACAUUGAGAUGAUGAUUGGGUCCAAGAGCUCCCUCUUCUGGUUAUGGUGGAGAGCUUGCUGGUUCUUUAUCACCCCAGUGGUUCUUUCUAUUAUUCUUGUAUGGUCUUUGUAUACUUAUACGCCCCCUACAUAUGGCUCAGUUGCAUACCCAGAUUGGGGCAUUUCCCUGGGCUGGUGUAUUACUGCAUUUUGCCUCAUUUGGAUCCCUAUUCUUGCGACCUGGAACGUGUACAAAGCUAGCGGAGGCCCCUGGCAGCGUAUCAAAGCAGCCUGUUCACCCAGAGAGGACUGGGGUCCUUACUUGGAGUGUCACAGAGGAGAACGUUACGGUACGAGAGACGUGGCUGAUGCAAAUAUAUUUGUAAUCUCGAAUAAAUUCACUACUAGGUUGUAAAAAAUGUUUAACAUAAUCAUAACAGUAUGUAACUUAACAUAGUAAGUAAGAUAACUUAACAUUUUAAUGUAUAUACUUUUAAUCCCUUUGUUUGAAUUAAUUGCAUUCUAGUUGAAUUUGUGUGGAUUUUAUUUGUAUGAGACGUUUGUAUGUUUACUUUUAUCUUUUUAGUUGCUCUUAAUGGAACAUGUACCAUUUAUGUUUUAAUGUCCAAAUUGAAAUGUAAUAUUCAUAUUCUAUUAAUGUUCUGAAUACUACGUAUAUAACAAAUAUUUUAACAGGGGUUUCAUGCGAUACCUGUCCUAACUGUACAUGUGCAUCAGAUACC